AUGGAGAUAAAUGGAAUAAUAACAUCUAGUUCAACUUUAGGUGAUAAUGUUACAUUGCAUGGAAAAGAAUCUAAACCUAUAUCAGUAUCUCAUAAUCCAAGUUUGGAUCCAAAUUUAACAAUCUCAAAGAAUAAUGUAAACUUAAAUAGCUCAUCCAGUACAAUUACAAAUACAUAUAAAGGAAAUUCUGUAAGUUUUGCAUCUAAAUUAACUACAGUUCCAGGUCCAAUAAGACCAGAAUAUGGUGGAAAAGUAGCUACAAAUAAUGAAAGUCAAUAUAACAUAAAUAGAUCUACUCCUUAUGGAUCAAAUUCAUUAAUUCAAACUAAGCCUGCAGCUUCUGCUCAUAUAUUCCGAAAUUUUAGGAUAUCUAAGCAUUGUAAACGUUGUGGUUUAGGGAAUUCUAUUAUUGUAUAUGAUUCAAAGUCUGGUUCAGAGAUUUGCACUCGUUGUGGAGUAGUUGUAGAGGACAGAGUAAUUAAUGAAGAACAAGAAUGGCGUUCAUUUUCAAGUGAUGGGAAUGAUGGAAAUUCUAAAUCACGUGUUGGAUCUACUAAUGAUGUAUGGCUAGAUGAUGGAACAGAUUCACAGCUAGUUGUUGGAGAUAAGAAAUUAAUGAAAGCUAUGCUUAAGCACUCAGGUCAAGCCUCUAGUGAUAGAUUAAUUAAGGAAGUAUUCAGCCAACUUAGGCUUAUAGCUAGUAACUUUAAUCUUCAUGACAAUAUUAUAGAGAGAUGCAAGGAAAUAGUUAAGGAGCUGAGCAAUUUAAAUAUAUUAAAGAGUGGGAAGAAGUAUACAUUAGCAAUUGUAUAUAUUGCCUGUAGGGAAGAAGGUGUAUCUAGAACUGUUAAGGAACUUUUAACUUAUGAUAGAAGUGUCUCAGAACGUGAAUUUGUGAGAGCAAUUAAUAAGCUUAAAAAAGAUUUACCAAGAAAAGGUCCAACAUUAAGCUCUUCUGCAGCUGAAUUAAUGCCAAGAUUUUGUCAUUACCUUCAAUUAUCACAUGAGAUUGUAGGAGUUGCUGAAUACGUCUGUAGAACAGCAGAACAAUAUAUAAAUAAAAGUCAUAGACCUAAUUCACUUGCUGCAGGUGCCAUUUAUUUUGUCUCUAAUUUGUGUAAUAUACAAAUAGAUAUGAAAAGUGUUGCUGUUGCAGCUAAAAGUGGUGAAACCACAGUUAGAGGUGUAUAUAGGGAAUUAUUACUCAUUGGUAAUAAACUCUUACCAAAGGAUUUUGUACCAAGGCUAGAUGGUGGUAUUGAAACACUAAAGAGACGUACUAAGAUAUUAGACUGA